AGGACGAGAAGGAGUCCCCCAAGAAGGCGGACUCCAAGGCAGACAAGAAGAUCAAGGACAUGGAGGAAUUGAAGAAGGAAGUUCCCUUGACGGAACACAAGAUGUCCAUCGAGGAGGUAUGCCAGAAGUACUCUACCGACAUAGUCCAGGGUCUGACCAACGCUAAGGCCGCGGAGUACCUGGCUCGUGACGGCCCCAACGCCCUCACGCCCCCCCCCACCACCCCCGAGUGGAUCAAGUUCUGUCGCCAGCUGUUCGGUGGCUUCUCCAUCCUGCUGUGGACUGGCGCCAUCCUCUGUUUCCUGGCCUACGCCAUCCAGGCCGCCACCGAGGACGAGCCCGCAGGAGACAAUUUGUACCUGGGUAUCGUUCUCUCGGCUGUGGUCAUCAUCACCGGCUGUUUCUCCUACUUCCAGGAGGCAAAGAGCUCCAAAAUCAUGGAGUCCUUCAAGAACAUGGUGCCCCAGCAAGCGCUGGUGAUCCGUGAGGGCGAGAAGAUGCAGAUCAACGCUGAGGAGGUGGUGGCUGGAGACCUGGUGGAGGUGAAGGGAGGAGAUAGGAUCCCCGCCGACCUCAGGAUCGUCUCUGCUCACGGCUGCAAGGUGGAUAACUCCUCCCUGACUGGUGAAUCAGAACCCCAGAGCAGGUCACCUGACUGUACCCAUGACAACCCCCUGGAGACCCGCAAUGUCGCUUUCUUCUCCACCAACUGUGUUGAAGGCACGGCGCGUGGCAUCGUGGUGUGCACCGGCGACCGUACCGUCAUGGGCCGUAUCGCCACCCUCACCUCCGGUCUAGAGUCGGGCAAGACCCCCAUCGCCAAGGAGAUCGAGCACUUCAUCCACCUGAUCACAGGCGUGGCCGUGUUCCUGGGCAUCACCUUCUUCAUCCUGGCCGUCUGCCUGGGCUACACCUGGCUGGAGGCCGUCAUCUUCCUCAUCGGCAUCAUCGUGGCCAACGUGCCCGAGGGCCUGCUGGCUACUGUCACUGUGUGUCUGACCCUGACCGCUAAGCGUAUGGCUCGUAAGAACUGCCUGGUGAAGAACCUUGAGGCUGUGGAGACCCUGGGCUCCACCUCCACCAUCUGCUCUGAUAAGACAGGCACGCUGACCCAGAACAGGAUGACCGUGGCCCACAUGUGGUUCGACAACCAGAUCCACGAGGCCGACACCACGGAGGACCAGUCUGGCGCCUCUUUCGACAAGAGCUCGGAGACGUGGUUGGCGCUGGCGCGCGUGGCGGCCCUGUGUAACCGGGCGCAGUUCAAAGCGGCUCAGGAUCAGCUUCCAAUCCUGAAGAGGGACGUGGCGGGUGACGCCUCCGAGUCCGCGCUGCUGAAAUGUAUCGAGCUGUCCUGCGGCAGCGUCAGACAGAUGAGGGAGAAGAACAAGAAGGUGGCCGAGAUCCCCUUCAACUCCACCAACAAGUACCAGCUCUCUGUGCAUGAGACGGAGGACGAGACCGACAACCGCUACCUGCUGGUGAUGAAGGGAGCGCCAGAGAGGAUCCUGGACCGCUGCUCCACCAUCUUGAUCCAGGGCAAGGAGCAGCCCAUGGAUGAGGAGAUGAAGGAGGCCUUCCAGAACGCCUACAUGGAGCUGGGAGGACUGGGAGAGAGAGUACUCGGCUUCUGCCACCUGCUAAUGCCUGAGGACCAGUACCCCAAGGGCUUUGCCUUCGACUGUGACGACGUCAACUUCACCACAGAGAACCUGUGCUUCGUGGGUCUCAUGUCCAUGAUUGACCCUCCCCGUGCAGCCGUGCCCGACGCCGUGGGGAAAUGUCGCUCCGCUGGCAUCAAAGUCAUCAUGGUGACCGGCGAUCAUCCAAUCACAGCCAAGGCUAUCGCCAAGGGCGUGGGCAUCAUCUCCGAGGGCAACGAGACCGUGGAGGACAUCGCCUCUCGCCUCAAUAUCCCUGUCAGCCAGGUCAAUCCCAGGGAUGCCAAGGCGUGUGUGAUCCACGGGACAGACCUGAAGGAUCUGUCCCAGGAUCAGAUGGAUGAUAUCCUGAGGAACCACACUGAGAUUGUGUUCGCCAGGACCUCCCCCCAGCAGAAACUCAUCAUCGUGGAGGGCUGCCAGAGACAGGGUGCCAUCGUGGCUGUGACUGGUGAUGGUGUGAACGACUCUCCUGCCCUGAAGAAGGCUGACAUCGGGGUCGCCAUGGGGAUCUCCGGCUCAGACGUGUCCAAACAAGCCGCUGACAUGAUCCUGCUGGACGACAACUUCGCCUCCAUCGUCACCGGAGUGGAAGAGGGCCGUCUGAUCUUUGACAACCUGAAGAAGUCCAUUGCCUACACCCUGACCAGUAACAUCCCUGAGAUCACCCCCUUCCUCUUCUUCAUCCUGGUCAACAUCCCACUGCCUCUAGGGACCAUCACCAUCCUCUGUAUUGACCUGGGAACCGACAUGGUGCCAGCUAUCUCCCUUGCCUACGAGGCAGCAGAGAGUGACAUUAUGAAGAGACAGCCCAGAAACCCAGCCAGGGACAAACUGGUGAAUGAGAGGCUGAUCAGUAUCGCCUACGGACAGAUUGGGAUGAUCCAGGCUCUGGGAGGGUUCUUCUCCUACUUUGUGAUCCUGGCAGAGAAUGGUUUCCUUCCCUCUUUAUUGGUGGGCAUCAGGCUAAACUGGGACGACCGCUCCAACAACGACCUAGAGGACAGCUACGGACAGCAAUGGACCUAUGAACAGAGGAAGAUAGUGGAGUACACCUGUCACACAGCCUUCUUCGUCAGUAUUGUGGUGGUACAGUGGGCUGACGUCAUCAUCUGCAAGACCAGGCGCAACUCUGUCUUCCAGCAGGGCAUGAGGAAUAAGAUCUUGAUCUUUGGGCUGUUUGAGGAGACGGCGCUGGCUGCUUUCCUGUCCUACACCCCAGGCAUGGACGUGGCUCUCAGGAUGUACCCUCUCAAGCCCAGCUGGUGGUUCUGUGCGUUCCCGUACAGUUUCCUCAUCUUUGUUUACGAUGAGAUCCGAAAACUCAUCCUGCGCCGAAACCCCGGAGGCUGGGUGGAAAAGGAGACAUACUAUUAAAUUAUCAAACCAUUCUUUACUUCUCACCCCCUUACCUCCCCCUCUUUUUCUCCUCCCUACCUCCACCCGUCCCUCUAAUCACAUACAAACCAUACAAGAAACCGCAUCUGAAAACUCCUCCAUUCCUCAUCCCGUAUUUUCAUCCAACAUCGCCUUGAGGACAAGAGGACCAACCACAGAGAAGGAGAGGAACAGGACGAUCACGCCAGAUCCCUGUGCCCCUCUUCGUCUCUGCCUUUUUUUCUGCCAAAAGACUACAGCAUAGUCAACACUGCCAAUACUCUUCGAAUGUUUACUAUACUGUUAUGACACUGUUUAUGAAUGUGCUAAUACACUGUCAUGUACAAAAUACCUGUAUCGCUCUCCUCUAUCGACAACAAAAUGGCAGCUGCAUCUAGAUUCCACGGCGAGUGGUGUGGCGUCGUUGUCACCUGUUCCACCCCGCCAUCCUCUCGACACGCUCCCUCCACCAAUCUUCUACUUAACACGGCCCUCAAGCCACUCCCACCACUCCCUGGCCCAAUGGGUAUAGCAGAAAGAUCCCACCGCUGACACCAGUAAAUGUGGAAUAAUCACCCACGGCCUCUACAGGGGUAAAACAAAUCCCCAUCCUUCCUGCUCGUGUUCCCCUCCCUCCUCCUCCUGUUUUUCUGACAAUGUUGUUGUUGUUUUCUAAACAAUUGUUCGUAACAUUACUGUGCGUUUUUUAAUGUUAGGAGUGGGUCUGAGAACUGCUCGUCUGUCCGUCCCUGUUUAUAUCCGUCUGUUGGUGAGCACCGUGCGACUUCCCCCCAACUCACCCCUGCUAAUAAAAUACAACAAUCUUUCUGUGUCCUAAGAAAAAGAGAUUUCUCUCCCAUGUUGUUAUUUAAAUAAGUGAACCAUGGAAUAAGACACUGUACCUUACAUGCGAAACA